AGGUUACGCCUUUCGGUAGUAUUGUUCGUUUCUUGCCUAAUCCCCCCUCUCUCUCUCCUUUACCCUUUUCCUUUUAUUGAUUUCUUCGUAUCAUUUCUUUCCCCCUCUUCCCUCUCUACACGCCUAAGAUACCUGAAGAUGGAAUCUUUUUAAUUAGUUUUCUGUUUCCUUUUUCUUUUUUACCGUCAGCAAGUGUUUGGAGAAAUGCCAGAAUCAUGGCCACCUUCACCUCCUCCACCUAUACUUUUGUCUCGCCUCAUUCGUUUUUAACGCACUUCCGUGCUCGGGUUUUCCCAUCCUGUUUCUGCGGGAUUAACCCAGGGAACAAAGGGAAUUCGGUGUCUCUGAAGCUGAAUCUUGUUCGCGGGUUGGUGUUUGGGGAAGAUAAGAAAAGGGUUUCUUGGUGGUCUUGUUGUUGCAAGAAAGGGUGGGACAACGACGGGGAUUUAGCAUUGGAGGCAGAUAUAUUGGAGUUCAUGAAAAAUAGUGACAAACCUGAGGCUUUUCCAAGCAAGAAAGAGCUGGUUGAUGCUGGGAGGAUGGAUCUGGUUGAGGGGAUUAAGAGACAAGGAGGGUGGCUUGCUAUGGGCUGGGACUUGGAUGAUGAUGAUGAACAUGGAUUUCAAGAAAAAGGGUUCCCAGAAGCUGGUGUUAAGGAUUGGGACCUUCUGGAGAAGGAGAAGAAAUGGGAUAACCAGACUUUUCAAGAAAGGGCUCAAAGUGAAGUUGAAAUUAGUGGGGCUUCUUAUUUGGCUGUUAAUUCUUCCAGCUCAACCUCCUCGUCUGGUAGAUCACUAGAAGUAGCAGCUAAGGAUGAUUGUGGCGUUGAGGGUAUUCUGAGUCGCUUGGAGAGAGAAAGGAAUGUGAAUUUUGGGAUUGGUUUCAGAGACAAAGGUGACAAUACUUGUCCCCAAACUAACUGUACUGAAGAAGAGUCUCUUGUCCAAGCCUCAACAGAUGUGACAGUUGGUGGUCCUCAUAGAAGAAAACUUAUGUCAUUCAGUGGCAGUUCUGGCCUAGGCAAUGAUACCACGGCCAAGUUUAUUCAGGACCAGCCUCUAUCAGGCAUUGAUGGUUUAAGAAAUCCAACAUGGAGAGAGUGGAGCCUUCAAAGAGCAGGAAUUGCUGGCAAGGAAUUUGAAGAUAUUUCAGGAUAUGGGACACUUGAAAUAAGAAAUAAAUCCAAUGAACUAGACAGAAGAAAAGAGUCACGUGCUUCUGGAAAAGAUAUUAAUCACAAUGAAAUACGAGAUCGUCUUGAGCACUUGAAGUUGGAGCUUUCAUCUGUACUGCAGUCAUUGAGGUCUAAUGUUGAUGAGGUUCUAUCACGGGAGGGUGAUGAAAGUUCCAUUGACAAUUUCCAUAAGCUUUCUGAUGCUUCGGAGUUCCAGGAAAAUGAGAUAUCAAAUGCCCAGGACAAAUUGCGAUCACUACGGGCAAGGUUGGCAGUUUUAGAAGGGAAGAUGACACUGGCAAUAAUAGAUGCACAAAAGACCGUGGAAGAGAAACAGAAAAGGAUUGAUGAUGCUCGUAGAGCUUUACAACUUCUUCGGACUGCUUGCAUAGUAUGGCCUAAUUCGGGAUCAGAGGUGCUGUUAGCAGGAUCAUUUGAUGGGUGGGCUACCAAGAGAAAGAUGGAGAAGUCAAGUACGGGUGUUUUUUCUUUACAGUUGAAGUUGUAUCCAGGAAAAUACGAGAUUAAAUUCAUUGUUGAUGGUGAAUGGAAGCUUGAUCCCUUGCGCCCUAUUGUUAACAACAACGGAUUUGAGAAUAAUCUACUUAUCAUCACAUAAGGAGGCCAGACUUCUAUAGGCAUGCAGAUUCAUCACAAAAAAGGUAGGACAUAGGAGUAAAUGCGGAUGAUUUUUGGUUUUGGUUUUGGUUUUCAUUUUUCCUUCUUGUAAACAAGUAGAAUAGACCUGGUAGGAGGUGAUCCUUCCUAAUGAUUCUUUAAAAGGGGCAUCAUAUCAUAUAACACCCAUGUAACACAACCGUAUCGGAUGACUCUCCCAUAUGGUUUUUUCCCUUGGAUGUUCCGUUUUCUACCUUGUUGAUAAUGUAAACAUAUAUGCGAAUAACGAGAUGAUGUUUUUUUUCUGUAGUUCUUGUGGCUUGUGAUACUUUGGAAGUUAUCCUUAAUUCAAUCUUUAAUAAAGGUAUAAUUUAUUUUGAUUA